AUGGGCGUCAUCCUGCCCAAGACCCCCGUCUUCGCCCUAAUGGACGCCCUCACCUCCGCCACCUGCCGCGCCCCCGACGGCGCGGCCCUCCCGCUCCCGCCCGCACCCCCUUCCCACCCCGGCGCCGGCGCCGGCGGCGCUCCCCAGCUGCUGCGCUGCCCGAAGAAGCAGCGAGACCUGCUGAUUGGCCCCGCCGCGGACGCGUGCGCCGCGGCGGGCGGGCGCUGCGUCCUGGACAGCGACGGGUUCUACAUCGUGAGUUAUGUCAUGGUGGUGGCCGGGCUUGCUGUGGGCGCGUUCAUCAUGCGGCUGUUCCCGAGGCUCAUCGGCCUGCCGCUGCAGCGGUGGCGCGCGCGGCCGCCCUUGGGCAGGCCGCCGCUGCUGGGGAAGGCAGGGUGA